AUGCUCCGGGAGCUGCUCACACUUGCCCUAACAGGACUGAUGAUGUCGUUCUCGGCGGCCUGCCCGGUACCUACCCCCACCACCACGACCGUGCCGUCCGCGACGGCCUCGACUGCUUCUGGGGGGACAGAUAGACUGGUCUUCUGUCAUUUCAUGAUUGGGAUCACCAGCAACCGCCAAAGUGCCCGUGAUUAUGAUGAUGACAUGCAACGCGCCAAAGACGCGGGAAUUGAUGCCUUCGCCCUCAACAUUGGCACUGACCCCUACACUGACACGCAGCUCAACUUCGCCUAUGAGUCAGCCGCCCAGCAUGGAAUGCAGGUCUUCCUCUCCUUCGACUUCAACUGGUGGAAUGCCGGUCAGGGCGGUGCCGUCGGCGCUAAGGUCAGGCAGUACGCGAGCCGCCCUGCACAGCUAAAGGUUGAUGGUAAGGUGUUCGUGUCCUCGUUUUCCGGGGACAGCGUGGAUGUCGGUGCCAUGACGGCGGCGGCCGGUCAGGAUCUCUUCUUUGCGCCGAACUUCCACCCGGGCCAGGGGAAUUUCGAUGCUAUUCAGGGCGCGCUGAAUUGGAUGGCGUGGCCGAAUAAUGGUGAGAAUAAGGCGCCGACGGCGGGGCGCACUGUCACUGUUGCCGAUGGCGACCGGUCAUAUGUUACUGCGUUGAAGGGGAAGCCCUAUGUGGCGCCGGUUUCACCAUGGUUCUCGACGCACUUUGGCAGCGAGGUUUCGUACAGCAAGAAUUGGGUCUUCCCAUCUGAUAUGCUUUGGUAUGACCGCUGGCGGGAGAUCCUGGCACUCGGCCCGCGUUUUGUGGAGAUUAUCACCUGGAAUGACUAUGGCGAGUCGCACUACGUGGGACCACUCUCAUCGCCGCACACGGACGAUGGUGCCUCCAAGUGGGUGAUGGAUAUGCCGCACAGCGGCUGGUUGGAGAUGGCCAAGCCCUUCAUUGCCGCCUACAAGGCCGGCGUGACCGUGGCUCUCCCCUUCAUCCACGAGGAGAAGCUGGUGUACUGGUACCGCCCGACUAAGAAAGAUCUGAACUGCGACGCCACCGACACGACCAUGUCAGGCAGCCCCAACAAUGCCAGCGGCAACUUCUUCGCUGGCCGGCCCAACGGGUAUGAGUCCAUGACCGACGAGGUCUUUGUGGUCGCCCUUCUCAAGUCCCCCGGCCGCGUGACCGUGCAGUCCGGCGAUCAGCCCCCCAAGACCUUCGAAGCGCCCGCAGGCAUCAGUGCGCAUCGCGCCCCGAUGGGCAUCGGCCAGCAAAAGUUCACCGUCACGCGGGGCGGGCAGACCAUCCUGUCCGGCACCAGCCUGAAAAACAUCGUCGACACCUGCAUCUGCGGGAUCUACAACUUCAAUGCGUAUGUGGGGACGCUCCCGCCGCCAGCCACGAUUGACCGGCUCCAGCCCGCUGGGCUGACCAUGUUGUCACAGGGGCUGAAAGCUGCCUGCCCGAUCAAUACCCUGGGUGCGAGCACCUAG